GUAGGCAAGAGUCUGGAGUCGUGCGCCGAAGUCAGAGCUGCGUCUCCCGACCCAAGCGCCGGUUGCCGAAAGACAGAGAGGUAGUGAUGCUGCCCCUGCCGCUCCCUGAUUGGCUGCGGGUGGCUACUUCUUUGUUCUGAUUGGCAGCGAGUGAGCUGGAUGAUGCUGAGUAAGGGCCUCAAACGCAAGCGGGAGGAGGAGGAGGAGGAAACUCUGGGAGUCGACGCCUGGUGGCUGGAUCCUGGCCACCCCGCAGUGACCCAAGCGCCCCCCACCGUAGCCUCCAGCUCCCUCUUUGACCUCUCUGUGCUCAAGCUCCACCAUAGCCUGCGGCAGAGCGAGCCGGACCUGCGGCAUCUGGUGCUGGUGGUGAACACACUGCGGCGCAUCCAGGCCUCCAUGGCACCCACGGUGACCCUGCCACCUGCGCCCAGCCCACCUGUAGUGCCCAGUGUGACUGAUAACCUGCUGGCCAGCUCCGAUGCCAUGCUCUCCGCCUCCAUGGCCAGCCUCCUAGAGGACCUCAGCCAUAUCGAGGGCCUGAGCCAGGCUCCCCAACCCCUGGCAGAUGAAGGUCCACCAGGCCGCCCUGUUGGGGGGGCCCCACCCAGCCUGGGUGCUUUGGACCUCCUCGGCCCAGCCACCGGCUGUCUGCUGGACGAUGGGCUGGAGGGCCUGUUUGAGGACAUUGACACUUCCAUGUAUGACAGUGAGCUUUGGGUACCAGCCUCUGAGGGCCUCAAGCCUGGCCCUGAGGAUGGGCCGGACAAGGAGGGAGCUCCCGAUUUGGAUGAGGCUGAGCUGGACUACCUCAUGGACGUGCUGGUGGGCACGCAGGCGCUAGAGCGGCCACCAGGGCCGGGGCGCUGAGCCCAAGGGGUGGGAUGGUUGUCUGGCAUCUGAACUCAGCCUGGGGGCUGGUCCAGGGGCUGCCUUCGCCCAGAGACAAGGGGCUUGGCCACUUUGGAGAGACAGAGUCCACUCCUGGGCAACUUCGCAGCUGUCCUCUUGUGGAGGGGUUGUGGAGGAGUGUGGGAUUGCCCCCUAGUGAUGGGAUGACAGGGCCUGGUGGCUGGAAUAAGGCCCCAUGCUGGACUGAACCCUCCGGGUCACAGUGUGGGCUGUUCCCUUCCUGAUCUGGGAAGAGACCUCCAUCUGUUUUUUGAGAUUAAAACAAACUCUGGAAAAUC